AUGGCGGACUCUGGCGACGCCGCCGCCUCCACCGCGUGCCCAGACUACACGACCUGGAAUAACGCCAGUCUCAUUGCGCGGAUCUCCGAGCUCGAGCGCCAGCUACACUCCCAGAACACGCAGUACACGGCUCCAACGCAGCAAGAGGAACAAGCGCCAGCACCCCGCCCGCCUGCGGCUGCGGCUGUUGGAGUUAGCGAAGCCACAGCUGCUGCAAUGGCCACAUCUGGAGCUGCAGCGACAAUUACCGCGACGAAGGCAGCAAAGAAGCGGGCACUUUCGCCAGGCACGGACAUCACACACGACCCAGCGCCAUCGCGAGCCUUCAAGGAGCAAAACCGGGAGAUCGAUCCGUCCAAGUACAACACUCGGUUCAUAGCGCUCAAAUUCGCCUACCUCGGACAACGAUACAACGGACUCGAGCACACCAAUGGGAAUGUCACGCCCCUGCCGACGAUCGAGGAGGUGCUGUGGAAAGCUUUGCGGCGGACUCGACUCAUUCUUCCGACGACGGUGACGGGGGACGAGCCAGAUGAUGUCGAGCCGAGAGCGCUGCGGCCGUACUCGAUUACGUGGGAUGGAUGCGAUUACUCCAAGGCUGGGCGGACGGAUCGAGGCGUGAGUGCUUUUGGGCAGGUUGUUGGGGUUCGAGUUCGCAGUGCUCGGCCCAAACCCAAGGCCAAUCCUGAAAAACAGGAAGACGGGGAUGCGAUGGAGCUGGUUGAGGACGCGGAGUGGGAUGAUAUCAGGGAUGAAAUUUCCUAUAUACAGGUAUUGAACAGAGUGCUGCCGGAGGAUAUCCGCGUCCUGGCUUGGUGUCCCCAUCCUCCUGAGGGCUUUGACGCCCGCUUCUCGUGCCGGGAGCGCAGAUACCGAUACUUCUUCACCCAGCCCGCGUUUUCUCCCACGCCUGGCCCGAUUGGAUUCGCCAACCGCGCAGGGAACCCUUCAGGGCCUCGUGCGCAGCGGCGCGAGGGGUGGCUGGAUAUCGAGGCCAUGCGUGAGGCCGCCAAGGCGUUCGAGGGAACUCACGACUUCCGGAAUUUCUGCAAGCUGGAUACCAGCAAACAGAUUCAGAACUUUGAACGCAUCAUCUUCAAAUCCGACAUUGAACACGUCGAUCCUAAGACCAACCCGCUCGGUUACGUCGGCCGACCUGGGUUUCGAGCGUUGGAAGACCUCGUCCCCGAGGUGAGCAUGGAGUCCUCAGAGAUGCCAUCCCCGCCCACUCCACAGGUUUACACCUUUACCCUGCAUGGUUCCGCGUUCCUGUGGCACCAAGUCCGGCACAUGGUCGCCAUCCUGUUCCUGAUCGGACAAGGAUUCGAGCCCCCGUCCCUUGUGUCUGAAUUGCUGGAUGUGACCAAAAACCCGAGAAAGCCGACGUAUGAGAUGGCCUCGGACGCGCCUCUAGUCCUAUGGGACUGCAUCUUCCCCGACGAAAGCACCGGUAGCCGCGCAGACGCUCUGGAGUGGAUCUAUGCCGGUGACCCACGGCUCAAUAAGGCCCAGAGUGCUAAGAGCGGCGGCAAAUUCGGAAUGAAUGGCGUCGUGGAGGGGCUGUGGUCUGUCUGGAGACAACGCAAAAUCGACGAGAUCCUGGCCGGUGCUCUGCUGGAUCUAUCCGUCAGUCAAGGAGAUCAGGACAUUGUGCACAACAUGACCUUGAACCAAGGUGGUUCGAAGAAAAAGACCAGGGGAGCAAAGGUCUGGUACGGAGCGGAACAUGCCCGUGUUGGGGGUAAAUAUAUUCCCGUCAUGCAAAAGGCAACGACGGAGGCUGUGGAAGUUCAGAAUGCCAAGUGGCGGGCAGCAAAGGAGCGCAAGAGUGCCAAGGGCCUGAAAGACCCAGCUGGCGGCGAGGAGCCUGAAUGA